AAUCAUCAAUGAUGCAAUUAUUUCAUGCACAGAUUGCUGGAAGUGUGUUAGAAGUAGUUCUGUAUGUUAUUACAAAUCAUUUAACUAGUCUGAUUAUUGGUGUCGAAAGAUACGGCAUGGUUUUAAGCAAAGUACAGAGAGUAGAGCUUUAAAACUGCAAAGUCACAGCUUCACAUAAACAAUAUGUUUAUUCCAUCUCUCUCUCUCUCUCUCUCUCUCUCUCUCUCUCUCUCUCUCUCUCUCUCAUCUGCUCACUGAAAACCAGGAAGUUUGUGGAUUCGGGAGAAAUGAAACCUAUUUCCCUGCUACAUGAGCCUCUGCUUAAGGAUCCACACUCUUCUAGUUUGGUUAAAGCUGUAAAGGAGGGAAUAUUUUACUUGUUAUUCUGUCAAAGCAGGCUACUUCUUCAGAAAUGGCAGAGUCUGCAGUGAGUCAGUAUGUGGAUCAGUUCAGCUGUCCAGUCUGUUUGGAUCCUCUGAAGGAGCCGGUGACGAUUCCCUGUGGACACAGUUACUGUAUGAGCUGUAUUACUGACUGCUGGGGCCAGAAGGAGCAGGGGCCGCCGUACCGCUGUCCCCAAUGCAGAGAGAGCUUCAGUCAGAGACCUCUACUGAAGAAGAACACUCUGAUAGCUGAGAUGAUGGAGACGCUGCAGAAGACGUCCCUACAAACGGCUGCUGUGGAGUGUGAUGUUUGCACUACAGAGAAGAACAGAGCUGUAAAGUCCUGUCUGCAGUGCUUGGCCUCCUUCUGUCAAACUCACCUGCAGCUUCACUAUGAAUCUCCUGCGUUUAUGAAGCACAAACUAGUCGAAGCUUCCAGAAACAUUCAGGAGAACAUCUGCCUCAGUCAUGGGAAACUUCUGGAGAUUUACUGUCAGGAUGAUCAUCAAUGCAUUUGUUGUUUGUGUACUGAUAAUCAUAAAGGACACAGUGUGGUGUCUGUGGAUUCAGAAUGGACUAGUAAAAAGAAAGAGUUAAAGGAGAUAAAGGAGGAGUGUCAGAAGCUGAUCCAGGAGCGAGAGAGAGGUCAGCGGGACCUCAGUGAAGCUGUGAAGCUUCUUAAAAGUUCAGCUCUAGAGACCAUGGAGGACAUUGAGAAGGUCUUCACUGAGCUCAUCUGCUCUCUUGAGAAGAAACGCUCUGAGAUUAAAGAGCAGAUCAGAGCUCAGGAGAAGACUGAGAUAGAUCGAGCAGAGGAACUUCACAAACAUCUGGAUCAAGAGCUGACAGAACUCAGAAAAAGACAAGCAGAGAUUGAGAAACUUCUGAUUACUGAUGAUCAGGUCAUUUUUCUGAAGAGCUGUCAGUCUGUGUGUGUUUUACCCACAUUUGAAGACGUUCCCAGCUUCACUCAACACACUCAUCUGUCUUUUAAAGACAUUUCAAUCUCAGCAUUCAAAGAGGUUUUGGAGGAUGUCUUGACUCAACAACAAACCACCAAAAUAUCUCAAGAAGUGUCAGAUGUUACAAAGGCUCUACAACCAAAGACCCAGAAUGAGUUUUUGCAGUAUUUCUGUGAACUUCACCUGGAUCUAAACACUGCAAACAAAAACCUCAUAUUGUCAGAAAACAACAGGAAAAUAUCAUGUUCUGAUAAAGAUCAGCAGUAUCCUGAUCAUCCAGAGCGAUUUAAUGUGUUUCCCUACAUCUUGUCUAAAGAGGGUUUGUGUGAUCGCUGUUACUGGGAGGUCGAGUGCAGUGGGGACAUUUGGGCUGUAGCAGUUUGUUACAAAAGAAUUAGACGUAAAGGAAACCGCAAUGACUGUAGACUUGGCUUCAACAAAAUAUCCUGGAGAUUGGGGUAUUUUCUGCAGAAUUUUAGUUUCAUACAUGCUAAAGCUGAAGUCUUGAUCCCUGCUGUCUGCUCCUCUAGAAUAGGAGUGUAUCUGGAUCACAGAGCAGGAACUCUGUCCUUCUACAGCGUCUCUGACACAAUGACUCUCCUUCACAGAGUCCAGACCACUUUCACUGAACCCUUAUACCCUGCUUUUGGGGUUUUAGAUGGUUCAUCUGUCAGGAUCAUAGAGCAGAGAAGAGUUCAGACAGACCAGAAAAAAAUAUACCCUUAUUACAGGACAGAGACUGAGAAUCUGUUCAUCUUUGAACACUGCAAAGAAAUGGCAGAGUCUGCAGCGAGUCAGUAUGUGGAUCAGUUCAGCUGUCCAGUCUGUUUGGAUCCUCUGAAGGAGCCGGUGACGAUUCCCUGUGGACACAGUUACUGUAUGAGCUGUAUUACUGACUGCUGGGGCCAGAAGGAGCAGGGGCCGCCGUACCGCUGUCCCCAAUGCAGAGAGAGCUUCAGUCAGAGACCUCUACUGAAGAAGAACACUCUGAUAGCUGAGAUGAUGGAGACGCUGCAGAAGACGUCCCUACAAACGGCUGCUGUGGAGUGUGAUGUUUGCACUACAGAGAAGAACAGAGCUGUAAAGUCCUGUCUGCAGUGCUUGGCCUCCUUCUGUCAAACUCACCUGCAGCUUCACUAUGAAUCUCCUGCGUUUAUGAAGCACAAACUAGUAGAAGCUUCCAGAAACAUUCAGGAGAACAUCUGCCUCAGUCAUGGGAAACUUCUGGAGAUUUACUGUCAGGAUGAUCGUCAAUGCAUUUGUUGUUUCUGUAUGAUUGACAAUCAUAAAAAACACAAUGUGGUGUCUGUGGAUUCAGAAUGGACUAGUAAAAAGAAAGAGUUAAAGGAGAUGAAGGUGGAGGGCCAGAAGCUGAUCCAGGAGCGAGAGAGAGGUCAGCGGGAACUCAGUGAGGCUGUGAAGUCUUUUAAAAGUUCAGCUCUAGAGACCAUGGAGAACAUUGAGAAGGUCUUCACUGAGCUCAUCUGCUCUCUUGAGAAGAAACGCUCUGAGAUUAAAGAGCAGAUCAGAGCUCAGGAGAAGACUGAGAUAAAUCGAGCAGAGGAACUUCACAAACAUCUGGAUCAAGAGCUGACAGAACUCAGAAAAAGACAAGCAGAGAUUGAGAAACUUCUGAUUACUGAAGAUCAGAUCCAGUGUCUGAAGAGCUGUCAGUCUGUGUGUGUUUUACCCACAUUUGAAGAUGUUCCCAGCUUCACUCAACACACUCAUCUGUCUUUUAAAGACAUUUCAAUCUCAGUGUUUAAGGAGGUUUUGGAGGACGUCUGUCAACUGCAAACAGCCAAAAUGUCUCGAGAAGUCUCAAAUGUCUAUGUUGUAAAGCCUCCAGAACCAAAGACCCAGAAUGAUUUUUUGCAGUAUUUCUGUGAACUUCACCUGGAUCUAAACACAGCACACAAACACCUCGAACUGUCAGAAGAGAACAGGAAAAUAUCAGGUUCAGAUAAAGCUCAGCGGUAUCCUGAUCAUCCAGAGCGAUUUGAUGAGUUUCCGUACAUUUUGUGUCGAGAGGGUUUGUACGGUCGCUGUUACUGGGAGGUCGAGGGCAGUGGCAAAAACUGGGCUGUAGCAGUUUGUUACAAAGGAAUUGGACGUAAAGGAAACAGCGAAGACUGUGGACUUGGCUCCAACAAAAAAUCCUGGAGAUUGGGCUAUUAUCAGCAUCAUUUCAGUUUCUUACAUGCUAAAACAAAGGUCCGUAUCCCUGCUGCCUCUAGAAUAGGAGUGUAUCUGGAUCACAGAGCAGGAACUCUGUCCUUCUACAGCGUCUCUGACACAAUGACUCUCCUUCACAGAGUCCAGACCACUUUCACUGAACCCUUAUACCCUGCUUUUCUAAAUGGACAAGGUUCAUCUGUCAGGAUCAUAGAACAGAAAAAAAGAUCCAUUAUAAAACUAUUCCCUUAUUACAGGACAGAGACUGAGAAUCUGUUCAUCUUUGAACACUGCAAAAAAAUGUCUGAAUCUGCAGUGAGUCAGUAUGUGGAUCAGUUCAGCUGUCCAGUCUGUUUGGAUCCUCUAAAGGAGCCGGUGACGAUUCCCUGUGGACACAGUUACUGUAUGAGCUGUAUUACUGACUGCUGGGGCCAGAAGGAGCGGGGGCCGCCGUACCGCUGUCCCCAAUGCAGAGAGAGCUUCAGUCAGAGACCUCUACUGAAGAAGAACACUCUGAUAGCUGAGAUGAUGGAGACGCUGCAGAAGACGUCCCUACAAACGGCUGCUGUGGAGUGUGAUGUUUGCACUACAGAGAAGAACAGAGCUGUAAAGUCCUGUCUGCAGUGCUUGGCCUCCUUCUGUCAAACUCACCUGCAGCCUCACUAUGAAUCUCCUGCGUUUAUGAAGCACAAACUAGUCGAAGCUUCCAGAAACAUUCAGGAGAACAUCUGCCUCGGUCAUGGGAAACUUAUUGAGUUUUACUGUCAGGAUGAUCGUCAAUGUAUUUGUUAUUUGUGUAUGAUUGACAAUCAUAACGGACACCGUUUGGUUUCUCUGGAAUCUGAAUGGACAAAUCAAAAGAAAGAGUUAAAGGAGAUAAAGGAGGAGUGUCAGAAGCUGAUCCAGGAGCGAGAGAGAGGUCAGCGGGAACUCAGUGAAGCUGUGAAGCUUCUUAAAAGUUCAGCUCUAGAGACCAUGGAGGACAUUGAGAAGGUCUUCACUGAACUCAUCUGCUCUCUUGAGAGGAAACGCUCUGAGAUUAAAGAGCAGAUCAGAGCUCAGGAGAAGACUGAGAUAGAUCGAGCAGAGGAACUUCACAAACAUCUGGAUCAAGAGCUGACAGAACUCAGAAAAAGACAAGCAGAGAUUGAGAAACUUCUGAUUACUGAUGAUCAGAUCCAGUUUCUGAAGAGCUGUCAGACCGUGUCUGUUUUACCCACAUUUGAAGACGUUCCCAUCACUCAACACACUCGUCUGUAUUUUAAAGACAUUUCAAUCUCAGCAUUCAGAGAGGUUUUGGAGGACGUCUAUCAACAGCAAACAGCUAAAAUAUCACAAGAAGUGUCAAAUGUCCAUGUUGCAAAGACCCAAAAUGAUUUUUUGCAGUAUUUCUGUGAACUUCACUUGGAUCCAGACACUGCAAACAAUAAACUCAAAAUGUCUGAAGACAACAGGAAAAUAUCAUUUACAUAUAAAGACCAACAGUAUCCUGAUCACCCAGAGCGAUUUGAUAGAUAUGUGAAUGUCUUGUGUCAAGAGGGUUUGUGCGAUCGCUGUUACUGGGAGGUCGAGUGCAGUGGGAAGGAUUGGGCUGUAGCAGUUUGUUACAAAGGAAUUGGACGUAAAGGAAACAAUGAUGACUGUAGACUUGGCGGCAACAAGAAGUCCUGGAGAUUCGGCUGCAGUCAACAAAAUUUCUAUUUCAGGCAUGAUAAAUCCCAAGUCUCAAUCCCUGCUGUCUGCUCCUCUAGAAUAGGAGUGUAUCUGGAUCACAGAGCAGGAACUCUGUCCUUCUACAGCGUCUCUGACACAAUGACUCUCCUUCACAGAGUCCAGACCACUUUCACUGAACCCUUGUACCCUGCUUUUUAUUCUGGACAACGUUCAUCUGUCAGGAUCAUAGAAAAGCAGAGUUUAAAAAGAUAAUUUAUCAGAAAAUAUUACUUUAAAAUUUAUAUUGUAUUUAAUAAUUAAAUUUACACUAAUUUAAAUUCAAUAGUAGUUCUGAAUUCUUAAAAUGUUUAGGCCUAUAUAAAAACAACUUACCUAAACUGUAAUUUGUACUUUGGAUGAUGAAAGUCAUGUACUUAGUUAUCACAGGCAGUGAAAAUAACACACCUGUAGUUAAAUCAGAAAAUAAAUCUGUAGUUCAUUAUCAGAUUUUUCAGAA